CAAGGUAGACAGUAAAGCGGCACAGUGUGAGGCUAGCAACGCACUUAAGAGGGAGUCGAGAAUUGCAGGGCCGAUAAAAGUGAAAGAUGACUUACGUCAGCGACAAACUCUACAAUGGAUACUUGCGGCGGAACAUGCCAACAAUCGUCAGCAAGGUGAAAGUCCGAGAAAUAGUUGUCCAUCUGCCUUGCCUGACCAGCCAUGACCUGGACAACAUAGAGGCAAAGAGAGAAAGCUGUGGGAAUUACGAUGGCAUGGUGCUUCUCCUGGAUUGUCUAAAAAGAAGAGAAAAUUGGCCGGAGCAGUUCAUUGAGGCGCUGGAGGCGUGCGAGCAGACAACUCUUGCAGCUCAAAUCCGAGCAGAAUACAACGCUCUGAAAGGUGGUCGCAAUUCCAACCCUGGCUCUCCUGCAACGACUGUCACCAAGGCACAUGUGCAUCCGUCGCCAGCUGUCAGUCCCCUGUCUCCUCCGGAGGCCGGUGAACGCAGCCAGGCUGCCGUGGCUCCGCCAGCCCAACCCGCUGCAGCUCCCCCAGAGCCCGCUGCACAGGCACCGCCCUCCCCGGAAGCCCCCGCAAAGCAGCAGGCGCCUCAGAGCGCAGCGGACCAGGCUACUGCGGCCGUUCCCCCACCAGACCCUGCCCCUGAGCGUCCUCAGUCGGCUGAAUUUGAAGUUCGGCCUCCUCCAUCAACACCCCCUCCCUCCCCCGAGGUCCCCCGCGCUCAGGGGGCGGACGUCCCGCUGGCACAGGAUGAGGCGGACGCUCACCAGGAGCCUGAGGAGAACACAGAAUCUGCAUUCCAAAACAUUCCCGGCACCGCUGGUCUGAGCACAGGGAAGGAAGAGGUUGCCGGUCCCCGUGUGUCCACUCCUCCAUCGGUCCCUCCCCAGACGGUAGCCACCACAAAUGAAGGGCCCCAGCAAAGUCCUACGCAGAUCACCUCUGAUGCAACCGAUGGAACUUCUUUACCCACGAUGACCUCAGCAAAGUAUCCAGUCCAGGACUCCUCUCCUCCAAUCAGCCAGCUUCCAACUGCUGUCCUGUCUAAGCCUACACAGCAGCUUGUUGAAAGCAGCCCCAAUGGAGAACCUGAUGCUCUACCCUCCAAUGAGCCUCAUGCUGAUGGGACGGCUGCCUGUGCCGAUGGUGAUUAUGAGGUCUGUCUAAGCAAGCCUGGCCAACUCGUCAGCAUCCAUCCACAAAACCACGCCAGCCCUGCUGUCCAGUCAUCCAGCCCAGAGGCCGCGCCUUACUCUGGUAACAGCGACCGCUUGGAAAUAAGCGAGGCCACACCCGACACGGUGAUCUCCACCCACACUCCCGCAUGCUCCGCUGCCAGCAGCGCCAUCGAGAAACCGACCACGCCUCCACCAUGCCAAGAGAACGGCAUCGCUCCCGGUCACAACGAGCCGGAAGAGAACCAGUAUGAGUCCCCAAAUCAGAGCGUGGUCUACGAGGACGCGGUGCACGUGUCCGAAGAGCCGUCUAUCCUCAACCUGAAUGGGCGAAGCACACCACCCCAUCUUCAGACGAUCGACGGAGAUAAGGCCAAAGAAACCGUCCCCGAAUCAUCCAAUCACGCUGCUGACAAUUCCAUGUCCGGUGUACACGGCGAGAGCAACAGCACCCCCAAGCUUGCACCAACUGACGCCAAUUCAGAGGAAACGGGACAUUUCCAGACUGUCUUCACACAGUCGAAUAAGACAAAGUUCAUUCUGACAGCUGCGGGGGUGGGUGCCUGUGUCCUGCUAGUGGCAUGGAGGUUAAAGAAGUAAGGGAUUUGAUUUAGGCUUUAUAGACUGUGACUGAGCGUCUAAAUAGUGGGUUGUGUUAUCGCAGCUACUACACUGAAAUGGCACUUGGUUUAAAUUUUAGCCAUCUCAGUCACAGAUGACUUGCCAGAACUUUGAUCAUGACAUUCAGUAUGCAUCUGUUUUUAAGGUUGAUUGUUCCUACUUUUGAAUGAAUAUGAAUUUUGAACAAAAACCAAAAAUUCGCUUGCGAUCUUAGUAGAAGGGGAGGGCACUUCAUGGAGUAGAUUGAGAUCUCAGGUUUAUUUCUAACUUUGCCCCAAAUGUAAGGGUUUUUAUAAAGGUCUUCAGAAGCUGUGUAGCAUUGGUUGUUUGAAUGCUCUCUCGUCAGAUAAGCAGGAUAAGACUGUUAGCUGUUGCUCAGUGAGGUAAAUGUUAUAGGUACCUUAAUUUAGUUGGAUGUGGAGGGAGUAAAGGCACCUUAUCACACCCUAAAGUUCUUAUUCUUAUUACACUGGGAAACAAUGGACAAUGCACUCAAUAUUUAUUUGUACAUAGACAUACAUAUAUCUAUGUGUGUGUGUCUAUAUGUGUGUAUAUAUACAUAUGUAUACGUGUGUGUACAUAUGUUUGUUGUUAUAAUAGAUGUGAUAUAAAUGUUCCACCGUACUCCUGAUAUCUGACAUAUUGACCUGUCAGUGAAUUUGCUAAAGAAUAUAAAAGUUAACUAUGUUCAGUUAAAAAAACAAAACAUCCAUCAUAUUGACAGUGCAAACAAGCAUCUGAGAAAGGAAAUAUGGCAACAGCCUUAGCUUAUGUCUGAGCAGGAGAGCAAUUUUAUUAAAUGUGCUGUUUCAAUCAUUUAAGCAGAAAACAAUUGGGCUGAAUCAUUACUGAUAAGGUACUGCAUUGAAUCUGACUUUGUCUAUACAGAAAUGUUCCACAAUAGGCACAUAUGUCAAAGAUAAAUUGUAUGCAAGUUCAAUAAGGAGAAAUCACUUUGAAGGAUGAAAGUUGAAUAGAUGAAUGAUUGGAAGUUUAGAUGUAGAAAGUGUAAAAAGACAGAAAAAAAGCAGGUUGAGUGAGAGUUUUUAAAAAAUGCUUCAGAUGGGUUUUUCUCAAAACGGAACAGGCAAAGAAGGCCAUUGGAGUAAAGUAGAGAAGACAGAAUUAAGGGAUUAUUUUUGAAAAUAGAAGUAAUCAAGCUAGUAAAGUGAAGGUUCUCCUUACUGAACUGACCCAAUGUACUGUAAGGUAAUUUUGCAUUAUGUUUUAACUGAAAAUGUAUGCACUGUUUUUAGCUAUGCAAUCCAACAUCAUGUAAAUAAAAAUUAGGAAAAGAAAUUAAUAACUUCAAAGAUUUCCCUUUUGUUUUGGAGAACUCCAAAUAAAGGACUGUUUGGACUCGUAUUCAGACCAUAAGUGUAUAUUAAAUGACAAGCCACACCAUUAAAACCUCUGAGAGGGGA